CCGCUGUGAGGGCGGGGUGCGCAAACGCGCCGACUGUCGGAAAGAGCGCAGCGCAGCGCGCGCGGGGGAAGAAAGUCUCGCGCUUUCACAGGAGCCGCCUGGACGCGCGCGCUGUACCGGAGCCGCCGCCGCCGCCUUUAAGCGCAGAAUAAUGGGACUAUCAGCUUUAUCACCGUGUUUCCUUUUAACAGCUGUCGCUCUUACGACGACUUUAGCGAGCAAACUAAACGUCCCACGUCUUCGCCUCUCAUACAAAGAUCUGGUGGCCACUAAUCGCACCUCCAUCUUCUCUGGUCUGCAUGGGGACCUACAACUGUCAGCCAUGUUUUUGGACGAGUAUCACGACAGACUCUUUCUGGGAGGGAAAGAUGUCCUCUACUCUCUUCGACUGGACCGCACACACACUGAUGCUAAAGAGAUCCACUGGUCAUUGCCUGGGAACAGAGAAGACUGCAUUUUGAAAGGAAAGGACUCAGAGACGGAGUGUGCUAAUUUCGUGCGUCUUCUACACCCUUUUAACCGGACUCAUCUCCUGGCAUGUGGAACUGGAGCUUUCAAACCCGUGUGUGCUCUCGUUUACGUCGGAUAUCGUGGAGAGCAUGUAUUUUCACUGGAGCCUUCCAGUGUGGAAAAUGGAAGAGGACGAUGCCCUCAUGACCCCAAACUCCCGUUCGCCAGCACCUUCAACGGUGGGGAGCUGUACACAGGUCUGACGGCUGAUUUCUUGGGACGUGACUCUGUCAUUUUGAGGAGUUUGGGGCAUCGAUCUCCUAUGAGGACUGAAACGGACCAGAAGAUAUUACAUGAGCCCAGGUUCGUGGCUGCGCACCUCAUUCCAGACAGCGCAGAUAAAGAUGAUGACAAAGUUUACUUCUUUUUCACUGAAAGAGCCAGCGAGGCUAGGGAGAGAGAGGGAGAGGCAGCAAUACACACACGCAUUGGACGAGUGUGUGCGAAUGACAUUGGAGGGAAGAGAGUACUGGUGAAUAAAUGGAGUACGUUUAUUAAAGCGCGAUUGGUGUGCUCUGUUCCUGGGCCUCACGGCAUUGACACACACUUUGACCAGCUGGAGGAUGUGUUUCUUCUGAGGACUAAGGAUGAAAAAAUUCCAGAAGUUUACGCCAUCUUCAGCACCAUCAGCAACGUGUUCCAGGGCUAUGCUGUGUGUGUGUAUAACAUGGCUGAUAUUCGUGAGGUGUUCAAUGGGCCCUUUGCUCAUAAAGAGGGACCGAAUUAUCAGUGGGGACCUUAUGAAGGACGCGUCCCAUAUCCCAGACCUGGAGUGUGCCCGAGUAAGAUCACUGCUCAGCCCGGCCGUAAGUUUGGCAGCACUCUGGAGUUCCCAGACGCUGUGCUGCAGUUUACUCGCUCUCAUCCUCUCAUGUGGCGUGUUGUGUACCCAACUCACCGCCAGCCUCUGCUCUUACGCACCUCCACACCAUACAGACUCACACACAUAACCGUGGACCGCACCCAGGCCGAGGACGACCCUUAUGACGUCAUGUUCAUUGGCACAGAUGUUGGCACUGUCCUGAAGGUCAUUGCACUGCGUAAUGGCAACUCAAUCACCACUGAGGAGCUCACACUGGAGGAGCUGCAGGUCUUUAAGGUGCCCACUCCCAUCACCUCCAUGGAGAUUUCAGUGAAGCGGCAAUCACUGUUUGUGGGCUCAAGUGCUGGUGUCGCACAGGUUUCUCUGCAUCGCUGCAGCUUGUACGGUAAAGCAUGUGCUGAGUGCUGCCUGGCACGAGACCCCUACUGCGCCUGGGAUGGGCACACCUGCACACACUACGUUCCCAGUGCUAAACGCCGCUACCGCAGACAAGACAUCAGACAUGCAAACCUAGCACUGCAAUGCAGAGACCAGAACCAGAGCGUGGAAGAUGUGGACACGGUUGAAGUGCGGGUUGUGUAUGGCACAGAGAACAACAGCACCUUUCUGGAGUGUGUCCCUCGAUCUCCACAAGCCACCGUCACCUGGCACAUCCACCGGGAUGAACAUCUGGAGGAGGUGGAGCUGGACGAGCGAGUGGUAAAAACGGAUGAAGGCUUGCUGUUCAGGCAAGUGUUACGACACGAUGAAGGUGUCUACGUGUGCCGCUCUCGGGAACAUGGAUUUUCUCAGACGUUGUCCCGUGUGUGGUUGGAUGUGUUACAAGGGGACACGCUUGCUGACUUACUAUCACAAGGUAGUAAACACAAGGUUUGGUCUCCAUGUCCUGCCCACAUGGGCUCAGGUAACCGAAUGCCAUCCAAGGGUUGGUUUAAGGAUGUCUUGCAGCUGAUUGGGCCAUCAAAUCUUCCUCAAGUAGAGCAAUACUGUGACCGCGUCUGGUGCAAUGAAAAACUGCGGCGGAAGCACAAGAACAUGUUGGAUAAAUACAGACAAGCGCAAGACGCAGCACGGAAAACCAGAGGCAGUAAGAACGUCGGGGAACGGAAUCGUAUGCCACGAGACACACAUGCAGUAGAGUGACACACACACACACACACACACACACACAGCGAUGAACUCAUGGACAAAGAGACAAGGGUGAUGAUAAUGUUAUAAAAAACCUCUCAAGCUCAAAGACGUUGAUAUUCAUACAUACACACUGCUCACACAGACAAAGAGGUGGACAGUGUUUACCAUCUUCAGAACUCUUCAUAAUUAUGGAGCAAAUUUUAUAUUAUGUUUUCUUAAUUAACGUGUUAUCAUGAUGUGAUUUGUAGAAAUUUGACGACAGUUGCUGUAUCAACAGAAGAAACAGACACUAUGUGGCACACACACACACACACGUGCUCUACAUCUAUUUUUUUUUUACUGUAGUUUAGAACUGUAUGUGCUGAGAAGAUCUGGGUGUGUUCAUAACAUCGCUCUGACAAUGCUGGAGUAAAGCCAAAGACCUUUAUGAUCAUCCAGAUUUUAAAAGUGCUUGCAGGUUUUCUUUUUGUUUCUUUAUUUCUUUUUUUCUUUCUUCUGAGCAACUUGUUAAACUAAAUUUUUUGAAAGUGUAAUUUGCUAAUUUAUUUGGCUAAUUUACUGCAGGCUACUGGUUGUAAGUGGAUUACGGAAGGAAUAAAACAUGAUGGGGCAUGCAGUUAGAGGAAAAUGAUUAAUAGUGGAAUAGUGUGAAGCCAGUUAUGUCACCUCAAAGUGUUUAAUUUAUCUGACAUAUACCAGAGCAAUUUGCCAACACUAACAAUGCUGUAUUUAUUAAAGAACGACACAUCGUGCAUUA